ACCAUUGGUUCCCUCUCCUACUCCAUUCCUUCUCACCUUUUCCCUUUUACCCAUUGGCGUGAGUAUUUUUCCUCAGCUUCCCUCUUUCUCCGUAUUCCGUUCCUCCUCAGUCCCAUCCUCCACGCUUUGGAAGCUGCUGCCUUGCUGCCCGGAGCGCCGUCGUCCCCGAACCUCCCCUGCUUUCUCCCUUUCCUUCUGUUCCGGUUUCUGGUCGUAACUCAAGAGCAAACCACCGUACUGCAAAGGAACCAGAUAUUGUGCUCGCGGUUCCAAACCGGGCAUAGGCACCGAAUGCUUCUCGAUAAAUCCCCUUAUGGUCUCUGAGCAUUAAAGAAUGCAAGGGAGGAAAACAUGCGCCCAAGCUGGUUCGCAGGAACAUGCUCGCCUGUCUGCGCCUGUGUGCGCGGCCAGUUUUCUGGCUGAGGAUCGCUUGCCAACUACAGACAUCACCGGCCCAGGACCCGGUGCCACAGUCACCCAGAAGACGAAACUCCACGGGAGCGAGAAAAGGAGUCCAUUUCUCCGUCGGCACGGCGCGGGGAUGCAGGCCCCUGAUUCAGUACGUUCUGUGGAAGUGGAGCGAGAAGCCAAGACGAGGAGCGAGAAGCCAAGACUUGGGGCGGGUCUCAGUGUGGCCCAAAAGACCCUGUUCACGCCACUACCAGCAUAACUUUAGGAACUGUCGGCCACCUGGCUUUUAUUAUAUCGCCUUAAACAUACUCACUUUGAGACUCUAGAAAUUUCACAAGUCUAGAGAUAGAGCACACUGGGCUUUGGUUGUGUUUCUCAUGAGGGCACUGGCGCUGAAUGGUGCAGUGAGAAAGGACGGUAGAAACCACUGCCUUUGCUUUUACCACUGAAGAAACUGAGGUCCUGUGACUUUCCCGAGGUCAUCGGAAUCUGUCUUAGACAGGAGACUUAAAAUAGUUCCCAGCAGAUAAAAGAAUGAGCAAAACCACAUCUACUCCAAUUUGUUAAGUCUAAAAGAAAGUAAUUGAGGGGGGAUUCCUCUUUGGGGAAAGAUUUAUUUCCUGCAUUGAAAAUAGUUUAUUGUUAGUAAACAUAAAAAGGUAUUUUAAAUUCAAGUUAUUCUUUAUUUUUUACGUUACAUAAGGUAAUGAAGUUAGCCAAGGUUGCUUUUUAGUGUUAUAAUGAUGCAGCUGCUGCCAACCAGAAGUACAUUUACGGUCUGUCAGUAAAGAAAACAAAAACUGCCUGUUGGUAAAAAUCUGUUAGAAAAUAUUUGUCAGUAAAUCUGUCACAAUA